AUGGCAUCCCCCAACAAGCCCGUCGCCCUGAUCAUAGGCGCUUCGCGAGGCAUAGGCCGACAAAUCGCCAUCGACCUCGCGAUGAACAACUACACCGUAAUCAUCGCCGCCAAAUCCACCUCCACCACCACAGAUCCAGAACAAUUCCCCCCGGACCCGAACUCCCCCGCCUCAACCAUCACAACCGUCGCCCAGGAGAUCAACCUCCUCACCCCCAACACCGCCUACCCGAUCCCCGUCGACGUGCGCUUCCCGGCCCAGAUCGACGAUUUAGUUGCACAAACCCUCCGCAUAACCGGCGGCCGGCUGGACGUGGUGGUGUACAACUCGGGCGCGAUCUGGUGGUCGUCCGUGCGGAACACCCCCGUCAAGCGGUUCCGGCUGAUGCAGCAGGUCAACCCGGAGGGGCUGUAUGCGACCGUGCAGGCGGUGCUGCCGGUGUUCGAGCGGAAUGGCAACCGCGGCCGCAUCGUGGUGGUCUCGCCGCCGGUGUAUUCGCGGUUCUUUAGGGGGAAGACGGGGUAUGCGAUUGGGAAGGUCGGGAUGAGUGUGUUGACGCGCGGGCUGGCGAUGGAUUUUGUCAGGGAGGGGAAGACGGAGAUGGCUGUUACAAGUAUUUGGCCUGCUGCGGCUGUUCAGUCCGCUGCUACGGAGAUGAAUCCCGCGGGGAACGAUGAAUCACGCUCGAAAGCGGAUCUGAGGAAGCCGACUAUCUUCUCCGAUGCGAUCCUUGGGAUCUUGAGCGCUCCACCUCACAUCGUCAAUGGCAUGCUCGCGCUGGACGAGGACUUCCUGCGCGAUCACUGUGGUGUCACGGACUUCUCCAAGUACUCCGUCGUGCCCGGCACCAAUCCCCGGCGGAUGAUGCCGAAGAAGUUGCCGGUGCUGGAGGUCGAGGAGCAGGAUGACGAGGGGGUGAGGAUGGAUAGUGCGAAGAGCAGGAGCACUACGUCUAAACUAUGA